AGAGUAGCACGCUCAGCGCCGACGCGACCCCCAAGCCGCCGCACACGGAUUGCACACAUAUAUAACCGUCUCACAGACUCCCCUUGUUCUGCAUCCCAGCUCCAGCUCCGUACCACCACUCUUUAAUCUCUGAGAGCUACCUGCAACCGCAGAGGAUCAUUCAAGAUGCCGCGCCUCGGCCAAUACGACUAUGUCUUCGCCAUCGGCACAUUCUUUGCCCUGCUCGAUGCCUACAACAAUGGUGCUAACGAUGUCGCCAACGCGUGGGCUACCUCCGUCUCAUCCCGCUCCGUCUCCUACCGCCAGGCCAUGAUUCUCGGUACCAUCUUCGAGAUGGUCGGUGCCAUCACUGUCGGUGCCCGUACUGCCGAGACGAUCAAGAACGGAAUCAUCCCCAACAAUGCCUUCAAGGGUAACGCCGGUGUUCAGAUGCUUGCCUUCACUUGUGCUCUUGCCGGUGCCUCCAUCUGGGUCAUGUGGUGUACCAAGCACUCCGCUCACGUUUCGUCGUCCUACUCGCUCAUUUCUUCCGUCGCUGGUGUCGGUGUCGCUGUUGCUGGCGCCUCCAAGGUCCAGUGGGGAUGGAACAAGGGCAAGGGUCUCGGUGCCAUCUUCGCUGGUCUUGGAAUGGCUCCCGCUGCCUCUGCCUGCUUCGGCGCCAUCAUCUUCAUGUUAAUCAAGCUCACGGUCCAUCUACGCAAGAACCCCAUCCCAUGGGCUAUCUGGACCGCGCCCUUCUUCUUCUUGAUCGCCGGUACCAUUUGCACACUAUCCAUCGUCUACAAGGGAUCGCCCAAGCUCGGUCUCAACAAGAAGCCCGCGUGGUAUGUCGCUACCGUCACCGUUUCCUGCGGUGUUGGUCUUGCCGGUCUCGCCUUCCUCUUCUUCGUGCCCUACCUCCACGCCAAGGUUGUCAAGCGCGACCACACCGUUCGCUGGUGGCACGUCUUCCAGGGACCUCUCCUCUUCCGUCGUCCCGCUGUCGAGGGCGCCGAGGCUGCUGUUGUUCCCGACUACGCUGUUGUUCAGCACGAUGACGAGCUGAAGCCCGCCGAGUCUCUCUCUGACUCCGACAAUGGCGUUGUUGGUCACGAUACCGAGAAGGCCGCUGUCAUUGCCGAGCACCGCCAGCUUAGUUACAAGGAGCUUGUCGCUCAAGGCCAGGAACGUUUCCACGCGAAGCUUCGCAACAAGCGCGGCCCCCUCGGCUGGGCCAUGCGCUACCUCCACGAGAACAAGAUCCAGACCGGUGAGAUCUAUGAGAAGAAGAACAUGGUCAUCACCCUCAAGCGCAUUCCCGCCAUGCUGGUCGUCGGUUGCCUCUACGGUGUAAACUACGAUAUCCACGCCGCCCAGACUGGUAUCCACGGCACUCCCGAGGGCAAGCGUAUGGAGCGCGUUUACAGCCACGCUAAGAAGUACUCCAACGAGGUCGAGCACACCUACUCCUUCGUGCAGGUUCUCACUGCCUGCACUGCCUCCUUCGCUCACGGUGCCAACGAUAUCGGUAACGCUGUCGGUCCUUGGGCUGUUAUCUACUCGGCCUGGAACACUGGCAGUGCCGCUUCUUCCAAGGCACCUGUACCCAUCUGGCAGCUUGCUGUUCUCUCCGCCACUCUGUCUCUGGGUCUCAUCACCUACGGUUACAACAUCAUGAAGGUCAUGGGUAAUAAGAUCACUUACCACUCUCCUAGCAGAGGUUGCUCCAUGGAGAUGGGUGCUGCUCUUACUGUCCUGAUCUUCUCGCAAUACUCGCUCCCUGUCUCAACGUCCAUGUGCAUUACCGGUGCUACCGUCGGUGUCGGUCUCUGCAACGGAACGAUCAAGGCUGUCAACUGGCAGCGAGUUGGCCUCUUGGUCUUCUCCUGGAUCAUGACCAUCCCCAUUGCCGGUACCAUCGGUGGUCUGUCCAUGGCUAUCAUUCUCAACGCUCCUCACUUCCGUUAAGCGGUACGCCGCUAGCAUAUCGAUGAUGCAUUGAUACAUGGUUCUUAGUUACGUCUUCUCAAAAUGUCCGGUUUAUGAAUACCCUCUUUUUUUU